AUGGCUACCGCUGCGCCCCCUCCGCCACUGUUCAUCUCAACCACCGCAAUCCACUCCCUCAUCACCCACGAAUCCCUCAUCCGCCACCUCCGCUCCACCCUCCCCCACCUCUCCUCCGCCGUCCACUCCCCCCUCCGCCACGCCCACCAGACCAGCCCCAACUCCUCCCUCCUCCUCAUGCCCUCCUGGUCCUCCUCCCCCUCCCUCCCCUACAUCGGCACCAAGCUCGUCACCCACCACCCCGCCAACUCCUCCCUAACCACGCCCGGGGUUCACGCGGUCUACGCCCUCUUCUGCUCCGCCACCGGCCGCCCGCUCGCCACCAUGGACGCUACAGAUCUGACCCUCUACCGAACGGCCUCCGUCUCCGCCCUCGCCUCGUCCUACCUCUCCUGUGAGGACUCGAAAAUGCUGGUCAUGGUCGGAUCUGGCCAGCUGGCGCCCCACCUCAUCAGGGCUCAUUUAUCCGUCAGGCCCGAAAUCAAUCGCGUGGUGAUCUGGAACAGGACAAUCGAGAAAGCCGAAAAAUUAGUCAUCCAGCUGAGAAAAAAUGACGAUAUUGCCCCUCGUGGGGUGAGCUUCGAGUGGUGCUGCAGCGGGUCCCUGGAGGAGGCCGUGAGGACGGCGGACAUUAUUUGCUGCGCCACGAACUCGAAAACCCCUUUGGUGAGGGGCGCGGAUUUGAGGAGUGGGGCCCACUUGGAUCUUGUGGGGUCGUUCACGCCGGACAUGAGGGAGUGUGAUGACGUGGCAAUUGCGAGGGGGAGGGUGUAUGUGGAUAGCGAGGCGGCGGUGGAGGAGGCGGGAGAACUGGUGGGUGCUUUUGAGAGGGGCGUGUUUGGGAGGAGGGAUGGGAUUGCGAAGGAUGGGAUUGUAGGGGAUUUGGUAGGGUUGAUUAAGGGGGAUGUACAAGGGAGGGGGGAUUUUGAUGAGAUUACUGUGUUUAAAUCUGUGGGGUCGGGUUUGGUGGAUCUUUUGAGUGCACAGUUGGUUUACGAGAAAUUGUGUGGCUGA